UAGAAAGAUCUAGAGUUGGUAUUUCAUCAUUGUCUGGUGAGGGCACUGAUUACAUCAAUGCGUCCUAUAUUAUGGGUUAUUAUCAAAGUAAUGAAUUCAUUAUUACCCAACAUCCUUUGCUACACACUAUCAAAGAUUUCUGGAAAAUGAUAUGGGAUCACAAUGCUCAAAUAAUUGUUAUGCUCCCUGAUAGUCAGAAUAUGCAGGCAGAAGAUGAAUUUGUCUACUGGCCAAAUAAAGAAGAUCCUAUAAAUUGUGAAAGCUUUAAAGUCAGCCUGAUUUCGGAAGAACAUAAGUGUUUGUCCAAUGAAGAGAAACUCAUAAUCCAGGAUUUCAUUUUAGAAGCUACACAAGAUGAUUACGUUCUUGAAGUGAGGCACUUUCAGUGUCCAAAGUGGCCAAAUCCAGAUAGCCCUAUUAGUAAAACAUUUGAACUUAUAAGCAUCAUCAAAGAAGAAACUUCCAACAGAGAUGGCCCUAUGAUUGUGCAUGAUGAGCAUGGUGGAGUGACAGCAGGUACCUUCUGUGCUUUAACAACACUUAUGCAUCAGCUAGAAAAUGAAAGUUGUGUGGAUGUUUAUCAUGUAGCUAAGAUGAUCAAUUUGAUGAGACCUGGAGUCUUCACAGAUAUUGACCAUUACCAGUUUUUGUACAAAACUGUCCUCAGUCUUGUUAGUUCAAGACAAGAAGAAAAUCCCUCGAUCUCCAUCGACAGUAAUGGCUCAGCGUUACCAGAUGGCAGUGCAGCAGAGAGUUUGGAAUCCUUAGUUUGACUUCAAUCAAAAUACGACAGAGCAACUAUCCAGAGCUGGAAAUAUUUCCUUUUUUUACGUGGGGCAGGGUAAUGUCCAGCUAUUAGAUAAUCUUUUUUUAUCUCAUUUGAUUUGAAUAAACAUUUCUUGCAAAUACAUUAACAAUGUGUGCCUUUUUGAGAAAAAAAAAAUCUCGUAAUGCAUUUUGUUAUGUUUGAACUAAUUUUACUGAACUCUGUAGUUUCUGAGAAUGGUAUGUAGUCUUUUAUUAGUUUUUAAUUUUUGUGAUUACAUUUUCACUUAAAUUUUAUCAUAAUUAUGGAUGCUGAAGUUUUCAGCAACACACAUUUUAGUAUCCAAUUUCCUGUUAUUUAUAGCACUCUUAAUACCUUUGUUAGAAAUUUAACUUUUAAUAUGGUAGAAUGUAAAUAUAUUCUAUGUAAUAUUCAACAUUUUAAGAUUUUAGUAGGCAUUUAGUAGAACUGAUACUUAUUGUAAAUAUUUCUAGAGUGGAUUUCAUGGACCGAAUUUAUAUUUAUAAUUGUAGAUUUUUAUAUUUUACUACAAAGUCAGUUUUCUAGUUCUGUGUAAUUGCAUUCUUAAAAUGAUGUAGUUAAUUACCUGUUCUUAGUUUUAGUAGCUUCUGAUAUAUUGUCAUGCAUCCUAAAUGGUAACUAUCUCUGCAUGUAAUUUUAACUUUUGUGGGAAAAUCAAGAUAUACUUGUUUUGAAAUACGAAGUUUCUAUGAAAAUAACGUCUGUACUAAGCAUUGUUUCAAUAGUUUUUAU